AGUGAGCCAGCUUGGAAAGGCUACAUCUACGCUGUGGCUUUGUUUGCAGCGACGUUCACGCAGUCCGCAUUAAUUAGCAAUUUCAUGAUGCUGGAUUCACAGCAGUCAUUUACCGAAAGGCAUUGCGAAUUACCAGUGCCGUCAAACACAGCAGCACCAUCGGAGAAAUUAUCAAUUUGAUGGCGGUGGACACCCAAAAGUUCAUCGAUCUGGCGCAUUCGUUACAUUCACUGUGGGCGUCUCCGCUACAAGUGGGCAUUUGCUUGUACUUUCUUUAUCAACAACUGGGUGUGUCCAUCUUCGCCGGACUGGGUUUCAUGAUUCUGCUGGUCCCCAUCAAUACCGUUACCGCUAUUGCUGCUCGAAAGUUUCAGGUAAUGCAAAUGAAAGAAAAGGAUAAGCGCAUGAAGCUGACGAAUGAAGCGCUGAAAGGGAUUAAAGUGCUGAAGCUGUACGCAUGGGAAGAUAGUUUUGAGAAGCAAAUUUUGGACAUCCGAGAAAACGAAAUGCGCAGCAUUCAAAAAGUAUCUUUGUUGACGUCCAUGACCUUUUUCUUAUGGACGGUGUCACCGUUCCUAGUGGCACUGGUGACCUUCGCCACGUAUAUCUUCAUGGACCAAAAGAACGUUUUGGACACCCAGAGAGCCUUCGUUAGUUUGUCGCUGUUCAAUAUUCUGCGCCAACCAUUGACAGAUUUUCGGCUGAUCAUCACAUCACUUGUCCAGGCCAGGGUGUCCAUUGACCGCAUGGCCACGUUUUUGACGAAAGAAGAACUCGAUCCGGAUAAUGUGCGUUUGUUAGCCAAAACCGAUCCAACCGUAGGUGAAGCUGUGCUGGUGAAAAACGGCGAAUUCGCCUGGGAUCAGAAAGAUGCCAGCACUUUGCAGAGCGUUAACGUGCAAGUCACACCCGGCCAACUGGUGGCGGUGGUGGGAAAAGUGGGUGCCGGCAAGUCCUCGCUCGUGUCGGCGAUGCUCGGGAUGAUGGAGAAGAAGCGAGGCGAAGUAAUUGUUAAGGGCACGAUUUCCUGCGUCAAUCAACAAGCAUGGCUACAGAACAUGACGGUGCAGCAGAAUAUCCUGUUCGGGAAACCUAUGGAUAGGGAACGAUAUGACCGCGUCGUAAAAUGUUGCGCGUUGGAACCCGAUUUGCUAAUACUGCAAAAUGGCGAUCGGACGCCGAUUGGCGAAAAGGGACUAAAUUUAAGCGGUGGGCAGAAACAGCGUAUUUCUCUGGCACGAGCUGUUUAUGCCGAUGCCGACGUGUGCUUUCUGGAUGAUCCACUCAGUGCUGUGGACGCCGAUGUUGGUGAGCAAUUGUUCGAGGAAGUCAUUGGACCAAAAGGUCUGCUGGCUGGAAAAACACGGAUUUUCGUUACCCACGGUGUCAGUUUCCUCCCGCAAGCCGAUAACAUUUUAGUUAUCGAAGACGGCCGGAUUGCCGCAACGGGAACCUACAAAACCCUGCUGAACAAUAACGGUUCCUUCUCCGCCCUGCUGCGCUCAUAUCUCCCUGAGAAGGCGGAAGGCGGUGAAGCGGAUACCGUAUCGUUACCCGAAAGUGUGGAACCGCGCUCAAAGACCAGUUCCACCGCGACACUCCGCAAAGUCCGGCGAACCUUUUCCAAGAUAUCACAGAGACGUAGCAGUACGGUACCGGAAAAGGUUCCCGAAAAACAAGUCAAACCGGAUGCAGCGUUAGUCGAGGAGGAGAUGGAAGUCGGCAAUGUGAAGUGGAGGAUUUUCGUGUCGUACAUGCGUUGCAUGACGUACCCGGUGUUCUUCUCCAUGAUCGCUGCGUUCUCCGCGUAUAACGCGCUUAACUUGUACACCAACGUCUGGUUGGGUGAUUGGUCGGAAAAUGCGGAGUCUGAGGAGCGAUAUACUGAUCCCGCGUGGAGAGAUUAUCAGCUGAGAGUCUACGGAGGAAUAGGUGGCGCUUUAGUAUUAGCGUACGUGGCCGCGUGUUCAAUGUACGCCGUCGGGCAGGUAUACGCCUCGGGCUCCCUCCAUCGCGGAAUGCUCCGGCGAGUUCUGCAUGCGCCGUUGGCAUUUUUCGACACGACACCGCUUGGACGCGUCAUCAACCGGUUCAGCAAAGACAUCGAAGCCAUCGAUAUGAUGCUGCCGUCGUCGCUGAUGAUCUUUCUCAGCUUUGCGAUAAGUGUGUUGGCGACGAUUAUUUUCCUUUGCGUGAUCAUUCCGUACUUCGCGGCAGUUAUCGUUCCGCUCGCUGUCGUGUACUUUUUCAUCCAACGUUUCUAUAUUGCCACCAGUCGACAACUGAAACGGCUGGAUAACGCGUCGCGAUCACCGAUUUUCUCGCAUUUAGAAGAAUCCCUUGCCGGCACAACAAUGAUCAUCGCCACCCGUCAAACGGAACGUUUUAUGCACGAAAACGACGAGCACGUGGAUAAUAACAACAAAGCAGCUUACGCCAACUUGUAUUCGCAAAGAUGGGUGGCGGUCAUGUUGGAUUUUAUGGGCAACCUGAUCACGUUGUUCGCCGCCAUCUUCGUCGUAGUUGGCCGCGGCAAUAAUUGGGUUGCACCGAAGAACACCGGGAUAAUUUUAAGUUACACGUUAUCGGUGACAUCGCUGUUGAACUGGUUAGUGCGAAUGACCAGCGAAGUGGAGAAUUACCUGGUAUCUGUUGAGCGCGUCCAAGAGUAUACGGAGAUCGCGCAGGAAGCUGAUUGGGUGCGCCAUGAUAAACGCCCCCCGAAGAACUGGCCACACGAAGGGAAAGUGGUGUUCGACAACUACCAAGCACGUUAUCGACCGGAAUUGGAACUGGUGCUGACGGACAUCAACGCCGACAUUAGUGCCGGCGAAAAGAUUGGAAUCGUUGGACGAACCGGCGCCGGUAAAAGUUCUUUGACCUUGGCACUCUUCCGAAUUGUGGAGCCCGCGGGCGGGAGCGUUAUCAUCGACAAUAUCGACCUGGUUAGCAUGGGACUGCAUGAUGUUCGCUCACAUCUGACCAUUAUCCCACAGGAGCCGGUUUUAUUCAGUGGAACAUUGCGCAUGAAUCUUGAUCCUUUUGACAAGUACACCGACGAAGCUGUGUGGCAAGCGCUACAAGAUUCGCAACUGAAAACAUUCGUAUCAUCCUUGACCGAUCAUCUGCAGCAUGUUGUUGCGGAAGGCGGGGAAAAUCUAAGCGUUGGUCAACGACAACUACUUUGCUUAGCCCGAGCUCUCUUGAAGAAAACGAAAAUCCUUGUUAUGGACGAAGCAACGGCUGCGAUUGAUUUGCAAACAGAGGGGCUUAUUCAAAAAACUAUCCGGGAGAAAUUUGUUGACUGUACGGUGCUGACCAUCGCUCACCGGUUGAAUACCGUCAUGGACAGCACGAGGAUUAUGGUGAUGGAUCAAGGAAAGAUUGUGGAAUUCGCUCCACCCGCAGAAAUGCUGAGAGAUACCAAUUCCGGGUUUUAUUCCUUAGCCAAGCAGGCUGGUUUGGUGUAGCGUAAGCGGAAGGAAUGCUUUGGUGCAUGUCAGAAAAUUCUGGGUCCUGUAGACUGAACUGGAUAACCAUGAACAUCCAACGGCAAGGAACAGGACUGCACGGCUCCGUGUAUGGAGCAUUCUAGAGACGGGUAACAAGCGCCACAAGUUACGCUACCUGCAAUGCAGAAUACAGAUUCUCACUUCGUAAUUUCCUUUAAGCAGAGGUUGGUUUUCCAAAUCUUUAAACGAAUCUCACUGUGCUAAAUAUCUAUCUAUCUGACCACCGUAUUUGACCGGUCUCUACAUUCUGUCAUUCGGUACUGAGCCAGCAACGUAAUCGAUUGACCCUGUAUACGGCCAGUGCAUGCCGGAUCGAUUGGGUCGCUUGAUGAUCGGACAGCUGUCAUGCAUUCGGAAUGCGAUGCCCGUUCUUAUUGUUAACCGUUCUAACACUAGUGUGGUAGUGCAAAUGAGAAAUAAAAACAAAAAUGUAUGAAAUUCGCGUGAAACGAAAUUAAUGUAAUGGUUAAAGUUCGGUUUGGGGAAGGUCGAUGGUGUUCCAUUAACAGCCUGAAUGCGGAACAUCGCAAAAAAUAAGAUAAAUGAGUAAGAUUCUGUCUGUUGAGAAUCUGUUUAUUAUUGGCUACACGGAUAGCCACUCCUCCUAUCGGCCGGCCACCGGUCAUCGGUGGCGCAUAUUAAAGCGCGACAUACCGGCA